CUUUUCAAAUCUUAUUUGUGAAGAGUACGUAUUAUAAUAACAAUUUUUUUUUAAGUCAGUCUAUUAAGGGUUACUAAAAAUACAUACAUACAUAAUUGAUAGAGAACAAAGGAAGCGAGCAAAUUAAACAUAUUUGAACAUAGUAUACGUAAAUAAAUUUUGCAUUAUUUUACUCACAGUGAGAAAAAAUAAAAAGAAUGUGAAAAAUAUAAUAAAUGGAAUACAUCGGUAUAGUAGGUUUAUAGAUUGGCGAAUUCAUCUUGUAAACUCGUACUUCAUGGACGUUAUGAUGUCAUAACAGAUCUGUGUUGAAUAUCGAAAGAUACUUUUUGACAGUGUUUUUUAACGAAAGAUUGAAUAAAAGUGUUUCUUUACAUAAUUUGCGAUUACAAAUGUGUCUGCUGUGUCUAUAAAGAAAUAUCUAAAUGGAGACACAAAGCAAUGUUAUAAGGCUAUCGAAAGAGGAUAUUCCUCUAAUAUCUAGACCGCGAAAUGACAAUUCGUGGACAAGAUGUUGUACAUGGAUGUGGAGAAGAUGUUGCAGAGAACGUGAAUUAAGAGCUAGAGUCAUUCAUAUUGGACAACUAAUGCAUGAAAAAUUUCCUACUAAUGUCAUAAGAAAUCAGAAAUAUAAUAUUGUGACCUUUUUACCUCUGGUUCUAUUCCAACAAUUUAAAUUUUUCUUAAAUCUAUAUUUUUUGCUUAUGGCCAUAUCUCAAUUCAUACCAGACAUUCGAAUAGGAUAUUUAUAUACAUAUUGGGGACCUUUAUGUUUUGUGUUAACUGUUACGAUUUGUCGAGAAGCAAUCGAUGACUUCAGACGAUACAAAAGGGACAAAGAAGUCAAUGCCCAAAAGUAUUAUAGAUUAGUAAAAGGUUUUGAUACUCCGGAAUUAGUACCAAGUUCUAAAUUGAGAGUAGGCGAUUUGGUUAUAGUAGAAAAAGGUCAGAGAGUACCAGCUGACUUAGUCCUAUUGCGAACCACGGAAAGAUCAGGAGCAUGCUUUGUAAGAACAGAUCAAUUGGAUGGAGAAACAGAUUGGAAGUUGCGACUGGCUGUUCCAGCUACUCAAAAAUUGGAAAAUAAUUCUCAAUUGUUUGAUAUUAAAGCAAGCAUAUAUGUUGAGAAACCGCAAAAAGAUAUUCAUAGCUUUAUUGGAACGUUUACCAGAUAUGAUGGAUACAGCAGUGAAGAAAGUUUAGGGGUAGAUAAUACUCUAUGGGCAAAUACAGCAAUAGCAUCAGGUUCAGCUCUUGGUGUUGUAGUAUAUACAGGGCAAGAAACUAGAUCUCUUAUGAAUCACUCCGCACCACGAUCGAAAGUUGGUUUAUUAGAUCAGGAAAUAAAUCAGCUGACAAAGGUUUUAUUUUGUGCUGUGAUUGGAUUAGCAUUGGUAAUGAUGUCUUUAAAAGGAUUCAAUGGGCCAUGGUAUCGUUAUAUGUUUCGCUUCGUUUUGUUAUUUUCUUACAUAAUACCAAUCAGUUUAAGAGUGAAUUUAGACAUGGGAAAAGCUUUCUAUGCUUGGUGCAUACAAAGGGACAAAGAAAUUGCUGGAACAGUUGUAAGAACUACUACAAUUCCAGAAGAACUUGGUCGUAUUUCAUAUUUAUUAAGUGACAAGACUGGCACAUUGACACAAAAUAAAAUGGUUUUCAAGAAAUUACAUUUGGGCAUGAUAUCUUAUGGGCAAGAAACAUUUGAUGAAAUUAUGACUGUAUUAAAAACAUGUUAUUCUACAAAUUCAGAAACUUCACCAGUAAAACCAUCAGCAUCUAUACAUAGUGGGAAAGUAAGAAGAUCUGAAAGUACUAGAAUAUAUGAUGCAGUACAUGCUCUGGCAUUGUGUCAUAAUGUAACACCAGUUUACGAUGAAGUACCUAAAUCAACUAAUUUAGAUACAAUGAGUAUACAAACAGGAGAAACAGGAGAUUCUGGUUCUAUUCAAAGUCAAACAGAAGCAGACCAACAUUACUAUUUGCCAGAACAAAAACGUAAUUACCAGGCUUCUAGUCCAGAUGAAGUAGCAUUGGUCAAGUGGACGGAGGAAAUGGGAUUAGCUUUAGUAAAACGCGAUUUGAAUUUUAUGCAACUAAAAGCUCCAAAUGGCAAAAUUUUGAACUAUACGAUCUUACAAAUAUUUCCAUUUACAUCAGAGACUAAACGAAUGGGGAUAAUAGUAAAGGAAGAAUCUAGUUCUGAAAUAGUAUUUUAUCUGAAAGGUGCGGACGUAGUGAUGUCUGGAAUAGUACAGUAUAACGAUUGGCUUGAGGAGGAAUGUGGUAAUAUGGCUCGAGAAGGUUUAAGAACUUUAGUUGUUGCAAAAAAAAAUUUGACGGAAGAGCAAUAUCUUGAUUUUGAAGCAAGAUAUAAUUCAGCAAGAAUGAGCGUUAGCGAUCGCGUUUCAAGAGUUGCCGCAGUUGUUGAAAGUUUAGAGAGGGAAAUGGAAUUAUUAUGUGUAACCGGUGUCGAAGAUAGAUUACAGGACAGAGUAAGGCCUACAUUGGAGCUAUUAAGGAAUGCUGGAAUUAAGAUUUGGAUGUUAACGGGUGACAAGCUGGAAACGGCAACUUGUAUAGCAAAAUCUUCGCGUUUGGUUUCACGAACGCAAAGUCUUCAUGUUUUCAAAUCGGUGGUAACUCGCACGGAUGCGCAUUUGGAAUUAAAUACCUUCCGUAAAAAACAAGACUGUGCCUUAGUUAUCAGCGGAGAUUCUUUAGAGGUAUGUUUGCAAUAUUACGAACAAGAAUUCUUGGAACUAGCAUGCGGUUCACCGGCCGUUGUUUGCUGUCGAUGUUCACCCACGCAAAAAGCCGAAGUUGUUAGUCUUAUUCAAAGACAUACUGGCAAGAGAACCGCAGCUGUCGGUGAUGGAGGCAAUGAUGUAUCAAUGAUACAAGCAGCAGAUGCUGGUAUAGGGCUUGAAGGACUCGAAGGAAGACAAGCUUCUCUAGCCGCAGAUUUUUCCAUUUCUCAAUUCAGUCAUUUGGCUAAUCUUUUAUUAGUUCACGGUCGUAGAAGUUACAAACGCUCCGCUGCUUUAAGUCAAUUCGUUAUUCAUCGAGGUUUAAUUAUUUCCACCAUGCAAGCCGUGUUUUCUGCAGUCUUUUAUUUGUCGUCUGUAUCUUUGUAUCAGGGAUUUUUAAUGGUUGGUUAUGGAACAAUAUAUACGAUGUUUCCCGUAUUUUCUUUGGUAUUAGACAAAGAUGUAUCAGGAAAAAUUGCACUUACUUAUCCAGAACUUUAUAAAGAACUCAGUAAGGGUCGAUCGUUGUCCUAUAAGACAUUCUUCAUGUGGAUUUUAAUAAGCAUAUACCAAGGUGGAGUUAUAAUGUACGGCGCACUUAUAAUGUUCGAAGAUGAAUUCAUUCAUAUAGUGGCCAUAAGUUUUACAGCACUUGUCUUGACAGAAUUAAUAAUGGUAGCUUUAACUAUUAGAACAUGGCAUCAUAUUAUGAUACUUGCGGAAAUUUUCUCAUUGGCGCUUUAUUUAUUAUCUCUAGUCGUUCUCAAAGAUUAUUUUGAUGCCGAGUUUAUCAAGACUACUGACUUUUUGUGGAAAGUAUUGCUAAUAACUUUAAUUUCUUGCAUGCCAUUAUAUAUUUUAAAAUUUUUACGAAAAAAGUUUUCUCCUCCAAGUUACACCAAAUUAUCUUAAAUUUCGUGCAUAACAGUUUCACUUUAUAAAAGUAACUUACACGGAGAAUUGAGAAAAUUCUGAUCUGUAUUGAAAAAGUGCUAUGAAAAAACUGUUUUUAAGAUUAAUUAUCAUUAGUCUCUGAUUUACGCUCUUUGCUAAGUGCGUCUGCAUUUUAUAAAGCUCUUGAAUAUUCUUCUAAAUAUUCUGGAAAUAUCGAAGCGAUAGAACGUUACAACUUGACAUCAAAAUGUAAUUGUUAACGAAAAUUACAAUUGCUUUUGUUCUAAAUAUAUUAUACUAAAUGCUUUACUAUGUAGAAUAGAUCAAAUUUAAUAUUUCUUCAAAUUCUAAAUUAAUGAUAAAUAUCAUGAAUAACUCGUUACUGUUAUCAUUAUUAAUAUUAUGUUUAUGCAGAAUAUCAUAAUAAUGUAAACAUAUCCUUAAUUUUUCACACUGUAAAUUGAAACAAAUUGAAAUUGUGAUAAUUGAAAAGAAAUGAUUUAAAUCUG